AUACAAAGCUGACUUUUUAUUGCACGAGGUGGCUGGAUUGGAAGAAACUUUAUGCUGAAUUCAUAUUUUUUCAUAUUUUUAAGCCCUUGUUUUUGUAUCCUUGAUGAGUUUAUGGUUGGGUCUUUGGUUGAGUGACAGCCCCGUCGUCCAAUCCAGAUCAUGAUCGCCACCGGGGGUCUGCUGCGGAUCUCAGCUAGGCGCCAGGACUCGCUCCGGGCCAAGAACCGGGCCGAGAACAAGCGGAAGAGGAAAGCCAAGAAGAAGAGGAAGAACGACGUGGUGGUGAUCAAGGGCAAACUGAAGAUCUUUUCCGUCUCGGGCCUGGUGGCCGCUGUGGGCGUGGUCAUCCUGCUGGUGGGCGUGGCCAUGGCCAUGCUGGGCUACUGGCCCAGGGAAAGUCCGGCUUACCCAGAACCUCAGCUGUCCGGAAAGGUGGAAAAACACCAGAGCAGCAACAACAGAACUCUGCCUGGGUCCCCCGACUGGACAGUAAGUGGUAACCUUGGGUUCUCAGUGAGUGAGGACCUGGUUAACUACAGCCAGACUAAUGAAACUGCCACUGCCACACCUACCUUAGGUGUGAUUGACAGGUUCUUGGCCAGGUGCUUGUACUCAGAUGACCUGAAGGUCUUCGGCCCUUUGGUAAUGGGCAUUGGCAUCUUCCUCUUCAUUUGUGCCAACGCAGUGCUUCAUGAGAACCGGGACAGAAACACCAAAAUCAUCAAUCUGAGGGACAUCUACUCCACUGUCAUCGACAUCCACAGUUUGCGCACCAAAGAUUGCACGCCGCUCAACGGAUUUGUGAACUACGUGCAGUCGAGAAGCAUCGACGGGAAGCCGGGCCCCUCCUACAGUGCUGCCGUGCUGGCCCAUAGCUCCUGGCCCUCCACCGUUUCGGGGAAAGAGCGAGGAGGUCCCAGGCCCUUCGGCCAGAAAAGCAGCUACUCACGCGAGAGGCAGACAUUCACAGACACGGUCUACAGCAUCUACCGUGACCAGAACCGGACCGUAGACCGGGCCCCCGUUCCCAAACCUUGGGAGACCAGGACCAUAGUCGCUUCCUCGGUGAACGCCUUCACUCUUCCGGUGAUCAAACUGAACAACUGCGUAUUGGAGGAGCCCAAGCGCUCUGGGGGAGGAGAGGGGCGGCGAGGAGCCGAGGACCCAUCUGAGGAGGCGCGGGCGGGCAGUAGCGGUGGCGACGGCAUUGGAGCCAAUACCAAAGCAGAGACCUCGAGGGCCGGCCCCUUCGCUCGCCAGGGCUCGACGGAAACGCAGGAGGGUACGGGCGGACAGCAGGGUGUGCCUCAGGGUACCCUGCAGGGGUCACAAUCCCAGCUCCUACCCCCCUCGCCCGGACUGAGGGCCAUAGGGUCGCACCUGUCACUCAGCGCCCUGUCGGAUUACUGCAGGUCCACGGACCCGGGCGCCUCCCCGUCGGGGCAGGGGGACAGAACCCGCCGUCUCAGCUGCCCCCGUCUGGACCGGUCCUGCAGCAAAGGCUACAUUAAGCUGGGAGACCUUGGAGGGGAGUCGUUCGAGUCGACCGACACUGGCGCCCCCAUAACUGUGGUCACAGGCGAGGGUGUAUCUCAGGGACAAGCACCGCAGCCCACGACCCAGCCAGGGGCGGGGGCCUCAAACAAGCCACCUCGAGGGUCGCCAUGGAAAUACUUCAACAGGGAAAAGCUGGUAAUGAUCUCCCAAUCAAACGCCACUGAGGACGAUGGGGAACUCGAGAGCACUGGCAUUUGAAGUGUCUCUCCAAAAAGUUUAUUGCACAAUUUUGUAAAAAGGGUAACAGUUUUGGGACCUCUAAAUGACGCAGUGUAAAAUACCCAUUGAUGCAUUGACUAAAAUUAUUCGUUCAUAAAUAGGUUGUCUAUAUACCUUUGCUCAUGAAAAUGGCCCAAUCGAUAUGAAAUAACUGUAACUGGAAGGCUAAAGACAGCUUCCCGUAUAUUAUUUAAUUAAUUGAAUUUUGAGUUAGCAAUUACUUAUCUAAUGUUAUCAUUUGAUGUUUUUU